GAGGGGAGUGUACUGGGCCUACUGGGCCUGCCCCUUUGUAUUAUGGCGUCAUCCAUCCGACUGUGUCUACGAAGUGCCGUUGCGUUUGCGCUGAAACCUAAACGUCGAUUUUCUCUGCAACUGUCUGUUGUUAGACCGUUUUUCCAACCAUUCAGAAGCACAUUCCCAAUCCAAGGCCUUGUUUCUACUCUCAGAGCCCCCCUUUCCAUACUUCUACCCAUCAUGGCAGCUUCAGGCGAUAACAAACAGCUGAUUGAAGAGGUGGAGGCUCUCUAUGAGAAGAAAGAGUUUGACAAAAUGUAUGACCUUUUGAUCCCGCACAAAGACACGACAGAUGCUGAUGUCUUGUGGCGACUUGCGCGGGCUGCCACCGAGGUUGGGAAAGCUCGGGGCGGAGAGGAGAGACAGGCGAAGAUCUUUGAGGCAUUUGGCUACAGCACCAGGGCAUUGGAGUUGGAUGACAAAAACUUUGCUUGUCACAAGUGGUAUGGCAUACUCCUAGACUACACUGCAGAAUAUGAGGGAACAAAGCAGAGAAUUUCCAAUGCCUACAAAGUGAAGGAACAUUUUAUGAAAGCUAUUGAGCUCAACCCUAAAGAUGCUACUACCAUGUAUUGCUUGGGAUUAUGGUGCUUCCUGUUUGCUGACAUGCCUUGGUAUCAGAGGAAAGUAGCUUCUGUGAUAUUUGCUUCCCCCCCAACUUCAACAUAUGACGAGGCUUUGGGAUAUUUCAAACAAGCAGAAGAAGCUGAGCCCGGUUUCUACAACCAGAAUCGUGUCAUGAUGGGCAAAACCUACAUGAGGCUCAAAGACAAAGAGGCAGCCAAGGAUCACCUGCUAACUGCCUUGAAGUAUGAGGACAAGACUGUGGAUGAUGCUCAGGCCCGAAAGGAUGCCUUGGAUUUGCUCAAGCAACUGGGUGUAAAGGUAUGAGCUGCUGAUCAACGACAGACCUUGGGGACCAAGACUGUGAGCAAGACUUCUACAUUCGCACCGUUUCUUUCUCUCAGUAUAGUAGCCUUCUUUCAUUUGUUUAUGUUGCUGAUCUCAUAUAUAUAUCAUUUACUUGCCGUGACCAGCAUAAUUUUGUUAACUCCCACUUGCAUCUAUUUUUUAAUAAUAAGCACAUUUGUUUUGAUAUUUGUUAUAAUUUUUGUGUGAUUAAUACCAUGUUUGUUUUAUUUCUCAAGGCUUCGGCAAUUGUGGAUUGAAUAAAGUUUUAUAACGCAUUUUUGGAAAAAUUGGCGUUCUUUGUAAAUGUUAGCUCCUGCCUUUCAAAAAUUGUUAAUACGUUUUAAUAUUUCAUGCGUACGUAUCAGUGGUAAAGAUAUUUGCUACAUUUUGGAAUAAGUUUUGUCCCCCAUGUUGUCUUUUCACUUAAGGACCUGGUGGAUUAAUGCUUUUCUGAUACAUCUGUAACCAAUUCCAAAAUAAAAUGAUGGAUUAUAAUGUUUUGUUCAUUCUGAUCAAACGCUCUACUGGUAUUAGUAAAAGUGAACUAGAAAGUAACAGAUUAUAGUCAUGUGUUUGUUCUGAUCAAAAGCUUCCCUAAUAUCUCAAUAAGUGACGGAAACUUGUUUGAAAAUUCUGUUUGCAUUGUUGAUGUGUCAUAAAUGCUGUAAUUUACAGUAAAUGCAAUAUACUUAAGGGAACUCAAUGUACCUUUGUCGAGCCUUCAGCAAGUUUGGUGUACUUAUGACAAGAACAUCGUAUCUCAUUGUAUGAGAGAGCAAAGGUUGUGUUCAUGAGACAUUGUAGCAUGUGCAUAGCAUUUCAUAUACUUUUCGUUCAUGGCAAUUAAAACAUACAGUAUUACACGGAUAGCUCGAAUAUGUCUGGACCGGCCUCGGUAAUUCGAAGGAUCCAUAGUUGGAGGGAUAUCUCACAAAGAUAGACAAGAGAGAGAGAAAAAACGUGACCGCAGGCACAGUUCAAUGGAUGCGUGAUAUCGAGUCUUCUGUGUUCAAUCCAUCCGUGUUAUACUGUACUUUGUUAUAUAGCUUAAAGUAAUAGGGUAGUGUUUUUUAAAAUCUUUAUUUCUCACUUUUUGACAGAAAUGUGCCAUUUCUUUCUCAUAUUUUAAUUUUUCUUUGUUUUACUUUGGAACUUUUACUGAUAUCCCUCAAAGAAAUCAUAUAGCGCUAUGAUACAAAGAGGAGGGUGUGGAGCCGCAAUGCUCAUUUUUUGUAACAAUGACAUGUACACUUGUUUUUGGGUAAAAGAAAGAAAAGUAUGUUCAAGGUGACUGAAUUGUUUUUAUCAGGACCUGAGUCGUGAACUUUUCUUUAUGAUUUUGAUGACAGUACUGUGAACAUGUUGUGACAAGUAUGGGUUUGUCAUUUGCUGUGAAAAAUUUGAUCCUUUAUUUUAUAUUUUACUUAUAAUAUAAAAUGCCUUACUGCAAAAAUGA